CUCCAAUCAUCAUGCCGAGUGACCAAUUAGGUGAUAAUAGAGGCGGGUGCCGAAGCAUGGGAUGGGGGUGACCAGGAAGUGUGAGCUGAGACUGGAGGAGGACGGAUCAAGCCCAGGCGACUGUGAGAAGGUGACCUGGCUUGAGGAAACACCUGAAUAUGUGGAAUCCCAGCGCCGGGCACCCAGGGCCAAAUCCACAKCCCCCCAACUUGGGGUACCCUGGAGGUUCCAAUCCUGGGUAUCCACCACAUCCACCACCUGUCAAUCCGGCUUUUCCUCCUGGUCCCUGUCCCACUCCCCCAGGACCUCCCCAGGGGAUGCCAGGUUUUCCUCCAGGUGUGUCCCCUUAUCCUGUUCCACAACCAGGAUAUCCAGGACAUCAACCCUCAGGUCCCUACCCUCCUCCAUACCCACCACCUGCCCCUGGUAUGCCUCCUGUGAACCCCAUGGCUCCUGGCAUGGUAGGCCCAGGAAUGAUAAUGGACAAGAAGAUGCGGAAGAAAAUGAAGAAAGCUCAUAAAAAGAUGCACAAACACCACAAGCAUGGCAAGCAUUCCUCCUCUUCCUCCUCUUCCAGCAGUGACUCUGACUGAACACAGGGCCUGGACCCUCCCCUCAAGUCUCACCAGUUCUGCUGUCCCAUCAAGCUUCAGCUGCCGUGUUGUACUGGGGAAAUUUAGCCCUUGUGCCCCUCCAUCCUGUCCCCACCUGAGCCUUACCCUGCUGUUCAGUCCUGACUGGCUAGGGAAAAUGGGAAGAGGAUUGCAAUGGGCUAGCAAAGGCAGCCUUCUCACUGCUUGAUAGAUUUUAUAGCUGAAAAGUUUAGCAGGGAAGCUGGUUUUUUGAAGAUGGUGAGACCUCUGAGCUAAAUGCUGAAGACAAGUUUAAGUUCUGUAAAAUGUGAUCUUUUAAAAUUUCCUUUUAAAAGGGGGGUUUGUGGAAAUUUCACUAUGAUGAAAAACCUGUACACUUUUGUAAUGAUGGCACACUGGGGUGAAUUAGUGGCAAAUAUAUUUCCCAGCAGUCCUUUUAUUGAUUGUGCUAACAGCAAGGCUGCUGGGAAGUAGAGUCCACUUGGCUGAUGAUCUCUGACUGCCCUUUUGUAAGCUAAUCUCUACUCCUUAACAAAAUAUGCUAUCUUAGGUCCUACUCUCAUUCUUCAAAUCUGGGUCCAAAUAAAACUAUUUCUCCUGA